UUCCUUUGUUUUAUGAUGUACAGAUGUUGACCUUUUUGAAAUGUGACACGCCCAUGAUAUUUACUUGUAAAGGAAAUGAGUAAUAAUGUUUUAAUUUGUGGAUUACAUUGUUGUGCAGAGAAAAAAUGACAUUCUGGUGAUUCUUUGCUCAAGUUGAGCCAUACCCUUGAGCCACUGCUGCAACUUCCGCCUUUCUCCCAAUAGCUUCUUCAGCUUCAGAUGCCUCAGCUAAAACUCCUGGAAAACUCGGAGGAAGCAUCCCCUCAAGAAUUGAUGCAACUGGGAUUAAACUGAAGUCCACAGCUUCCCGAAAUUUACAGGUUAAGGCCAAUGCACAUGCUUCUCCCAAGGUAAAUGGGACCAAGGUUGGAGUUAUGGAUGGCCUUAAGACUGAGGAUGGUGUGACAUCAUCUCCUCCCCCAAGGACAUUCAUCAACCAAUUGCCUGACUGGAGCAUGCUCCUUGCUGCAAUAACAACAAUAUUUCUGGCAGCUGAGAAGCAAUGGAUGAUGCUUGAUUGGAAACCAAGGCGGCCAGACAUGCUUGCUGACCCCUUUGGUUUAGGAAGGAUUGUUCAAGAUGGUCUGAUAUUUCGUCAAAACUUCAGCAUCAGGUCAUAUGAAAUAGGGGCUGAUCGUACAGCAUCUAUAGAGACUUUGAUGAACCAUUUGCAGGAAACAGCACUUAACCAUGUAAAGACUGCAGGACUGUUGGGCGAUGGCUUUGGUUCAACUCGAGAGAUGUGCAAAAGAAAUUUAAUUUGGGUAGUUUCCAAAAUGCAGGUUAUUGUAGAUCAGUAUCCUACUUGGGGUGAUGUAGUUCAGGUCGAUACUUGGGUAGCUGCAUCCGGGAAGAAUGGGAUGCGCCGAGACUGGCUUGUACGUGAUAGCAAUACUGGUGACAUAUUAACUAGAGCUUCGAGUGUAUGGGUGAUGAUGAAUAAAGAGACAAGGAGGUUGGCCAAAAUUCCAGAUGAGGUCAGAGAGGAAAUAGGAGGCUAUUUUGUGGAUUCUCUUCCUGUUGUGGAUGAGGACAGUAGAAAGCUACCAAAACUGAAUGGUGACAAUGCAGAUUAUGUUCGUACUGGUUUAACUCCUAGAUGGAGCGAUUUGGACGUAAACCAGCAUGUUAAUAAUGUGAAAUACGUGGGAUGGAUUCUUGAGAGUGUUCCAUUACCGAUCUUGGAGACUUGUGAACUUGCUGGCAUGACUCUCGAGUAUAGGAGGGAAUGUAUGAGGGAUAGUGUGCUGCAAUCCCUUACUUCCGUGGUGAGUAACGGUCUUGGUGACUUGGCAAGUUCUGGUAAGGUUGAGUGCCAGCAUUUGCUUCGACUGGAGGCCGGGGCUGAAAUUGUCAAGGGGAGGACUGAAUGGAGGCCGAAAUAUGGCAAUAGGAUGGAGAGCUGGGGUGAGCUCCCUGCUGGAAAUGCUUAAGCGAACGUCCUCUCGCAGCUGGAGUUGGAAUUAGUCUUGUUGCUAUUUGUCACUAUUCUCGUGUAGAGUACAUCUAUCCUCUUUCUUUUAUGUGAUUUUCCAUCAAGCCUAGUCCAUGAUAUUAAUUUUAUUUAUUUUUUCACUUGUUUUUGCUUUCCCUGAAAGAUAUAUAGAAUAAGUAUUGUCAUUUGUAAGUACCCCGAGUCCCUCUUUGUCUCAUUUUCAGUUCCAGCUGGACCAAAACCGAGAUCGUGUCAUCUAAUGCUCUAAUUCGUCAUUACUUGUAAUGGAAGUUGUUUCAUUCACAUGGGCACAUCUCAUUUCUGCUU